CCUGAGUGAAAGAGGGGAAAAUGCCGAGGAAGGGCAAGAAAGCUGUCAGGGCGUCGUCGUGGGAGGAGGAGCAGGGGGAGGAGCCACCUCAGCGACGUCAACAUCUUAAACAACAACAAGAUGAAGCGAACAAGAAGAGGGAGGAGCUUCUGAACCUAUUUCUCACAGUCAAAGUUCGGAGGGAGCAGCAGAACUCCCGCGUCAAUCGGGCCAAAAUCGAUCAGGUCUGGCGCAACCUCCUACGGCAGGCUCGCUCGCAACAGCUGCGGGAUGACAUCAUCAUCUUGAGACAGACUUUCGAGCGACAGCUGGAUGCUCUGGAUGACGUCAUUAAGAACUUGUCAGGUGACCUCGAGGAAGCGGAACGUCAGUGCGCCCGCACGCAUCGACUUCAUCUGCAGCACGCAGAACGUUUGCGGACAUUGCUGGACGAACGCGCGGCCUUUGUGCGGCGUCGCUGGGAGGAAAGUCUGCGAGACGUCUGCCGAUGCUUCGCGGAAAAUAGGAACCACACGGCGGCGCAGACGGAGCGUCAGCGUGGCGAUCUUGAGGACGCGGCAUUUAUCUUGUCACGUCAGCACGAAGAUGUCACGCGCGCCAUACGCGCUGCAUACAAUGACGCGAUAGCGGCUCGUCGAACCGGUCAGCGAGACCGAGUGGCGGCGCUGCGCAGCGCUGACGCCGAGAAGCUAGAGGAGAAACGGCGUCAGGUGCGGGACUCAAAACAAGAUGCGGAGUAUGUAGACAGCCCCGCCCAACUUCUGAUGGCCAGGAACCAGAGGCUGAUAUGCGACAUCUCCAAGGACGUUAGCAGAGUGAAGAAACUACAGGGUGCUGUCGCAGAUUUGCGUGGCAAACUCUGCGCAUUCCAGACUGAAACGGCGUCCAGCGUCGACUUACUAACGAACGCGAAAACCGCCGUGACUGUGAAGACGCGCAGUCUCCGCGAAGACCUGACGCGGGCCCGCCAAGCAUCCAGGAAGCGUCUGUCCGUCCUGGCGAUCCGGACGGACGAUGCCGUCCAGAAACUGAGGGCGGUCAUCGCCAAGGGUGAGAAAGUUCUGAACGCUGCCGCAAUUUGCGGCAAGAUCCAAGAUACGACCUCCUCAUCGCAAGGUGGUGAUGAUGAGCUACAGGGAGCGGCGGAACCGACUAAGACAUUUCCGGAAAUUCUCCAGCUAACCCGUCGUCUGAACGCCGCCCUACUGCGGCGAUCGGCGCUCACCCGACACACGGAGCAGCUUCGUGCAGACAACCGUCAGCUCAAGGUUUUGAUACGUGGCCGCCUGGAUGGCAUGACGCUCGGAGGAAGCCGCACUCUCCUCUCUGUCGAAGUCGCGCCCACCACUGACGGCCCCGCCCACGGAGCGUCGCGGCACAACGUCAUCGAGGCCAAAGACGCGGUCAAAAAGUCACUUAUGUACGAGGAAGGACAUUCACGGCGAGUCAACGCUGUCGGCUUUUAAUUUGGCGGUGCUACAUCCUUUAAAUGAAGACAAGAAAAAAAGUAAUUUUAUUGUAGUAACUGUUAGUUUCUAUGGUCACUUCCUAUUUGUUCCUUGAUUUUCAUAUCACUUUCCGUUCAUUUCGUAUGUCAAUUUUCAUGGUUCCGUUGACACUUCCCAUUAGGGCUGUAGCUAUUGAUUAUUUUAGUAGUCGAUAAAUCGAUGAACUAGUUAGUUCAAAUAAUCUGAUAAGGAACAAAAAUGUUAAAUACCUGAGCUGAGCCCUAAAUGGUAUAAAUAAAUAAAGAUCUAAGUACAACAAAAGAACAAUUGGCUAACUUACAUAGCAAAAGUCCACUAGCUUAAAUGCAAUCAUUUUUUUUUAAACAAUGCUCUUAAUUAGAGCUGGGAAUCUUUGGGCACCUAACGAUUCGAUUACGAUUAUGAUUCAGAGGCUCCGAUUCGAUUAUAAAACGAUUAUUGAUGCACCCCCCUCCUUUUUUU